AUGAAUGCACGAAACAUGAUUUCCCGGAGCUCCGCGAAGAUCUCUUGGAUCGGCGGUGGGGCCCCCCUGGUGGCGCCUCGGGCGCCGCCCCUGGCGCGCUCCUUGCGCCAGGGAAGGGGGCCCCGGCGCCGGUCCAAGAAAUCCGUGCGGACCUCCGAAAGCUUAUGCUUAUGCAGUUGUCUGUUCCUCUCGAGGUGCUCCCUGCCGCAGCUCCGCGCCGCGCUCGUGGCCCUGAAGGGGCCCUGCUCCAGCUGGGGCUCGGCUUCCGACGAGGCACUGGGCUUCGCGCUGGCGUGGGUGGCGCGGCUGCCACCUUUGCAGCAGCGCCUCGGUUUUCGCUUCCAGGACCCCUCAAAGGGUGGCUCGUGGUCGGCCACUAACCUCGUGGGGUACUCGGCAUCCCCGGUCGAGGGGGCGCAGGCAGAGGUGCAGAUCUCUUGGCGCUGCUGCACCGCCGAAUUUGCGCUCGUGCAGGCAGCCGCGGGCUGCUUCGAGGUGCAGCGGAAGCUUGGCAGUCAGGUGGCCGCUUGCCGUGUGGAGAGGAGGCGUCGGGGAGAUCCCGGCGGCCCCCUGGCUGAGGAGAGGUACACGGUCACUGCGCAUUCACGCUGCAGGCUCGCGAGAGACAAGCGGAGAAAAAUCACAGUGGAGACUGGUCCGCUGGAUUUGCUGCCAGCCGUCAUCAUCCGGCCACCGUCUGGGCCGCAACGAUGGACGCUGAUUUAUUUGCACGGCCUGGACGAAUCCGCGUUAGAUAACUACGCAGAUCGGCCGCACUUCUUCGUGGACGGCUCUGUUGCGCUCAAGGUGGUGGUGCCUACGGCACCCAGCCGCGAGCUGACGAUUUUCGACGGCUGGUGGCAGCAGGACGCCUCGGAUAACUGGUACCUGACGAAGUUCCGCGCCUGGUACGACUACCUCACGAACUCCGACGGCCAGAAGGAGGACACCGCCGACCUCGAGUCGCUGCUCGCCACGCGGCGCGCCCUCCACCAGCUGGUCCAGCGCGAGGCCGCGGAACUCGGCGGCAGGCACGACAGGGUGAUCCUGGGCGGCAAGUCGCAGGGCUGCUGCACCUCGCUGGACGCGGCGCUGACGUGCCCGCAGGCCCUCGGCGGCUUCGUCGGCGUCGUGGGGCACGUGCUCGGCUGCACCCCCGUGGCGCCCGGCGGCCCGCAGCAGGCGACGCCCCUGCACUUCUUCCACGAGCCGCAGGACGACGUCGUGCGCUGGCGCUGGGCGCAGCACUCCGAGCAGCGGCUGAGGGCGGCGGGGUUCCGGGUGCACUCGCGGCGGCGGCCGGACCCAGAGGACUGCGGCCACUUCGUCCAGGGGGUGGAGGGCACCUGGGUCCGCACGGCCCUGCGGGAGAUCUGCGCACGGUAG